AUGAAAUUGUACGGAUUUCUUGUUUCUACAUUGAUUGUGAUCUGCGCCUUCAGUGCAUGUGCUGUGAAAGGAUGGCCUGUUACCAAUCCAGAGGUAGUGGACAGUCUUAUAUUCGCCGAUCCGGAAGAGGCAGCACAAUCGAUGAGAGAAAUCCCCCAAUGGCAUUGUUUGCGAUAUUUCAAACAUGACAUUCAUCUCAUGCGCCGUUGUAGGAACUACCGGCUACACAUGCUGCGUCGGCCAACAGAGAUAAUGUAA